ACCGCUUUAUUUUGGUUCACCUUCAGCGCCAGCCGCUUCACGUUGUUGAACCCGCCUCUAUCGCCCUUCAACCACAUUCAUGACUGUCCCAUUGGACCCGACGUUGGAAGAAGAAGACGACGACGAGUAUGAGCAGUUCUAUGACCCAUUAGACAUCGAGGACAUCCUUAACACGUCAGAACACCCUAUUCCGCCGGGACCGCCAGACCAUCCUGACUCACAAGAAGACACUCCUGCCCCAGUUCUCGAACACUCACAGGCGAUAUCUGACAGUAACAGUAACGAUGAAUAUGACAAGUAUGACUUUAGCGAGUUCACGGCGGAAGAUUUUGCCAGCAUCGACGCCGCCGUGCUUUCUGCUUUUGAAAUCAUUCCGACUCCCGCAGACGCAGUUCCGUCAGCGAAUACAAAUGGAACAAAUGCGGAGGCUGGCCCAAGUAGUAACGGGCCGCAUUGGGACAUUUUCGGAGGUCCUGCUGUUGCCAUUAGCAUAGAGGAGUCCGCUGACUCUUCUGGCAUUGUGAAGGAACCUGAUCUUCCACCUGUAAUCGAGAAGCCUAUUGCCGCAGAGCCCAAAUCUGAACCUUGGAAGCGGAAAGGCCCCUCUCCUUAUGAUCGUUUUAGGAGUUACAGAGGCUUUUUAGCUGUAACCGAUUUAGUUAGUCCAUCAUGGUGUGAAGUGCAGUAUGACUACGCGCUACGGCAGAAACGACACUUGAAGCUGCAAGAUAGACCUACGUCAUUUAAGACCGCUGAUGGAAAGUUGAUUUCUGUUGACAAGAAUGUUGCCGCCGUGAAUAAUACGGCUGCACAACGCGGCAGGUCGGUGCAUAAAGUCCUCGAACGCGAAAUACAUCCGGAACCUGUAGCUGUGGACCUGGUCACAGGGGAGGAUCGAUGGGGUCUGCGGUUGGUGAACAUGAUCACAUCAUUACAGACUUUGUUGGACGGCGGUCGCUGUCGAGAAAUGCCUGUCUUCGGGAUCUUAAACGGCCAAAUUAUAACUGGUAUCAUAGAUGAGAUUGAACGUAAACCUAUUUCCCCUCCCGAGCCUCUCUCUCCCCGAUCCCGAAACAAACGUAGCACACCCAGUACGCCUACGAAAGGCAAACUCAAGAAGAGCCGUCUCUCCCCCUCAUUUCCUGAACAACCAUCUAUAACCUCAUUCUUCCCCUCCACUCCCAAACGUUCUGCUGACUACCCUAUAGACGAAGAUUUUGCAGGACCAUCUUCAGAGGCAAUGAGUUCACUUCCACGUCCACCUCCUCAGUUCCGGCUACAUAUUUCGGAUACGAAGACUCGCCGACAUCAUUCAGUCCCUCCGAUAGAGGAUACAUUGACAGCGAGGCUGCAGCUCAUGUUCUACCAUCGUCUUCUAUCACGACUGCUACUCCCGCCAUCACAAUCAGCGGAUUCGCUUGACUUCCAAACGCUAUGGUUGCUUCUACAGCUCAAUCACCGUCGAAAGUUCUCGCCUAAUUUCAGGAAACAAUUAGGCCUAGGCGCAGAUACCGCCGCCAACUCUAACUUUCUUGGAACGGCCGAAGGUGGACUUUCGACUGCCACUUGCUUGGACGACCUCACGAGGAUAUGGCGGAACACUGUCGAGACAUUGAGUCUCGGCGGCGUCGACGACAUGUUGACAAUAGUUUACCGCACCCAGCCAGUUGUGCAACGCAAGAAACGAAAAGGAAAGUCGACAAAGCGAAAACCGGGAACAGUUUCAAAGGAUGAGGAAGAGAAUAUCAUCCGUGCUGUCAUCGACAGUCUGAAGGAUGGGCCUUCUCUUGACGAUCCUGAACUCGCUGAAGCCAUCAGUGAGAGUUGGCGAAAAAUAAGUACGGACGUGGACGUGAACAGAGGAGUUGUUCCUCUGGACGAUGCUGAAGUCAUCGAGGCAGAAGCUUCAAGGGCUUGUGCCGAGACAGCCAAUCAAGCUGACCAAGGUGCACAACUUGCGUGGGCGAUCCAGCAGUCCCUCCUUGCACACGUCCGAGAACGUCCUGAACUCAAACAAUCUAUCAUGCCCCUUUCACGAAGCUCCUCUCCUUCUCCUUCUCCGCCCACGAGUAAAGAUGGUGAAACCGAAGGAGUGCAGACGGAGCCUGAAGGUAGCGAUUCGGAUAUCGACGUGGAUCAACAAAUAGCUUCGACUGUCAUUGGGACAAAGAAGUUUAGGAUGGAUGAUAGGAUGUUGAAUGGGUACUUGGGGAGUGUAUUGGACUGGUGGCAUGGGAGACGGCCACCGAAGGGUGUAGAUCUUGAGUUGACUAGAAGGUGUCUGUGGUGUGAGUAUCAAGAAGGCUGCGAGUGGCGGGAGAAGAAGGCCACUGAAGCGCGGGAAAAGAUUCGCAGUCAGUUGAUUUGACAGUCAUGAGGUGGUUUACUGGAUAUUGUUCGGUCGUUUAUUUGCUCUCCUCAUGGAUGUAUCAUUCUACGUAGAGUAGUAUUAGGCAACUCAACUUAGGAGAAGGGCGCGUGACAUUCAAGCUUUCAAGCUUCCAACCCUUUCCGUUGCACGCGGCUUUUAAUUAAGAGGUUAGUGGGAUGGUACCAACGCGAUCGAUACCGAUCGGCAACCAUCUCGAGAUCCUGACAACACAGUCCAGCACGUGGUCAUUGUUAUUAUUACUGGGCUUUGGCAAGUUUGGCCCAGGCUCGCAAAAGUCUCUUCCGUUGGAUACCAGUCGUACUGUAUGUACUGUAGUUCCCCAAUAACUCAGAAAAAAAUAAAAGAUGUUCGCAGUG